ACUUAUUCUUUGUCCCCUCUCUUGCACUAUAUAUACUUGUUGCAUCCUCCAAGAUUCAUAGCACAAUACACCUACAAUACCUUUCUGUUUUUGGCUUUGACUUUCAUCUUUUUAAGCUAAAGAAAUGGCUCAAGCAUGCGCCCAGAAACAAGAAGUCGUCAAGUACGGCCCUUAUGGAAAUCAAUGUGUGAGUGAAAACUUCUCGAUGAAAGUUGAAGGGUGUAAGUUCAUAAAAGAAGUCAUUGUGAGGCAUGGAUAUAUUGUUGAUGCAAUUGGGUUCGUUGUAGCCGAUCCAUGUGGUUCCGAAACCAACAUGUUUGGUGGCGAUGGUGGAAAUGAAUCAAAGAUUGUGCUCAAGUGCGGUGAAUUCAUAACACAAAUUAGUGGAACGUCGGGCGAGUAUGCCUACGCUAACAACACCCGUCUUAUAUCAACAAUCAAGAUACACACUAAUUUAUGUCCCGGUGGAUAUGGACCAUUUGGAACUGGGCAAGCAACCAAAAAUGUUCAAUCAUUUGCAUCUCCAAUGCCAUUAGACGGUCGCAUUGUUGGGUUCUUUGGAAAUGCUCAAGGAUACCUCCUUUCUCUUGGUAUCUAUGCUGAAAAGGUAAUAUUUAUUCAUUCUCCUCAUCAUAACAUAGCCUAUUUUAUGAUCAAUCAAAUAUAUUUCAAAUCUAUACAAGAAAAUAUUUUUAGCGUAGUUUAUUUAGAGUUUAAAGAAGUGUUCAAAAUGAUCGAUAAUAUAAAUCAUAAUAUUACAAUGUAUUUAAACUGUAAAAGAAAUACACAAAAUAUCAUUUCCUUCGUUUUUUUUGUUUUUCACGUUUAUUUUUGCAAAUUUUUAAAAUAAUUUUUUAGUCUCUAUAAAUAUGUAUCAAAAAAUUAUAAAAAAUUAUAAUUAACAAGUAUAUGUUAAGACGAAUCUACCCACCGCGAUCUCACAUGAAUAUAUUUAUCUUCUAUAUAUGUCCCAAAAACCUUAAUCAAAAUUCAUUUCCUUAAAAUGAAAUAUUCUAGAUAAGAAGAACAUUAGAAAACAGAAAGAAUAUAUAGAAUAAAAGUCAUACCUAUAACAACGAUUACAUGUAAUCAAUAUAUCAUUCAAGACUGAUGUUGAUUGGUUCGUUGAUCUUAUUUAUCUCUAUCAAUUACUAUACUCGAUGUAAUAUUCAACUAAUAUUUUUAUUUCAGCCCCUACUCAAGCAGGGAUGUUAAGAACACACGUCCUUAGCGUAGUUGGAGCUUAUGACUGUCAUGGGCCGUGUGCAACAAUAGAUGGUCAAGUAGGCUCAUGUUUAUGUCUUGCUAAUAAAAGGUUUCCAGCAUAGCCAUGGAACUGUGUUAUGUAUUAUGUUUCAUGUUUGAGUGUCGUUAUGACUUUAUCUUUUAUUUUCGUAUGUUUUUGUUUAAUACUAAGCCACAUUUGCUUAGUGGCCAUGUAUGAUCUGAUAUAUUGUAUGUGAUUGUAAUCAAUUUUAGCCUUCCUAAUUAGUCAAAUUCCCAUAA